AUGUACAAAGUAAAAUUAUUAGAAGUCAAUGGUCUUUUUCAACACACAGAUAAAUAGAUUUCCUUCCCUCUUAAAAAACUUUAAACUUAAAUCAUUUUCUUGUUCAUGUUCGCACUUUUUACAUAGAAAUCCUCGUAAGUACGUACCUAGUAGACGGUGAGAUUUUGCAGGUACAAGACUCUCUACUACUCGGAUACAUUGGGUGUGGAGCACACAACUUCUCCCUAUCAUCAUCAUGCUUAUUCAAAAUCCUGUUCACAUUCUUUGCUUUGGUAAUUCAUUAACCCAGGGGUGGCCAUCCAAUCAUCCAUACGCAAUCGCAUUGGAAGAUACCUUUCAGACAUCUACACCCUACAUCUCGAUAAGCACAGAUGUGCAAGGAUUGCCCGGAGAUCAAGUUGUCAGUCCUCCAGGACACUACUUACCGAGACUUGAUAUCUUGUGUAAGUGACGUCCUCAUACUUCAGCAUAAUGGUUAUGGUGGCGGCUGUGGCGGUAUGAUGUUGGCGUGGUUGAUGCUAUGAAUUUGAACCAUAUAGUACAUACUGAUCUAUCACAGAUAAUGAGAUCAAAGCUCCUUACAGCUGGAUGGUAGUUUUGGGAGGGACGAAUGAUCUAACUCAAAAUCAAGAUGUCGACACCGUCUUUGAGUACUUGAUGAAAGUUUGGGAUUAUGCUCUUUCUCAAGGCACUCAAGUCUUAGCCUUGACUGUCCCAGAAUGUGGUACAUGCAAUCCAGAGCUUGACCAACGGAGAGACUAUCUAAACGAUAUGAUUCGUUCUCAUCAAGCUGAGAAUUUGUAAGUGUCCUUCAUAAAAGUCCGAGGGUAAUACUGAGCUGCCAUCUAGUCAUGUGUUUGACCUUCAUGAUGCUAUACCAUAUUGGAGUAUGCCGGAAGAAGAACGCAGUCGAAUCUGGACCGAUGGUUUACAUUUUACAGAUGAGGGGUAUGAUCGCAUGGGAGCUUUGGUUGGUGGUGAACUUCACAGGUUGAUUUCUGGUAGGGAAUUAAAGAAUGAGCGCGGACAAAAGACUCUGAUGUUCCAGAGAAGUUGAGAGCUGGCGCAUGGCAAGUCUUUGUGACGAGACUUAGAUGCUUGACCUAAUUAAUGGCUGAGUUGAGACACCUCAAAAGGUAGGCGAUACACAAUUAUACGAUUGAUAGAGAUAGGAAAUGAUAUGUUCUUGAUCGUGAUA